UUGAACAGUCAAUACGUUUGAUGUAACAUUUUCACAACGAAAAAUAACUUGACUAGCUAUAGUUCAACAAUUUGUUAAGCUCUGAAUAUUCGCUGAAUAUUCGCUGAACAUUGCACAAAUAUCAGCAAAAUGGAUCAACGCGACUCAAUACUGAAUCCCACGGCGGCCCCUCUACCGACACCUGAGCAGAUAGAGCAAAUGAGGAAGAAGCUUGAUGCCAAGGAAGAAUUGCGAAAUUUUCGAAAAUCUGUCAGAAAUCAAAUCAACGAAUUUGCCAAAGAUGAUCGGGCAUAUAUCGAGUUGGAGGCCGUGGAUAAUGUGCAUCGCAUGGCCAUUUAUGAUAUUGCUGCAGAGGCCGGACUCGUUUCGCUCUUUUUGGAGCGCCAAUCGUUGGUAUACAAGAGGGAGCAUUACCCCAGCGAGGAUGAGAUAAAAGCGCGUCAGAACGGUGAAGUCUGGAACGAGGAGAAGGCAAAAGAAUGCGCCGAAAAAAGAAAAAGAGCGCAAUUGGCCGAAAAGCCGUGCAAAAGAAUGGCUAUCCCAGCAGAAGCAGGCUGCGCCACAAACAUAGAAAAUACAGGGGGCAAGGUAAAGCCCGUGAGUGCCUGCAACGCUAGGCAGGGCGAUCUGAUAGGGACAACAAGGGCCCCCAAGACGGCCCUGGAGCAGCAGAAGCAACGUACGGCACUGCAGAAAGAACGGCAGCCACAACAGCAACAGAAGCAGCAGAAGCAGGAGCAACAAUAGCAACAGCAGCAGCAGCCUCAGGAGUAUCUUCCCAUCGAUCAUCAAGAAAAGCAACUACAUUUCACACACUAGUCUCUAGGACUGCCUCUUUAUUUAUAGGCACACACAACAACAUAAAACAAAAAAUGGUUUCUUGGGCAUUGUGAUUUCAGCAAAUAAAUACCAAACACACAGAAAUAAAUUGAA